AUGGCUCAGCGCAGAGUACAGCGCCGCAAGCCUGCCAGGGGCAAGCGCAAGGCCAAGAAAAAGAGCGAAGACGAGGUCGCAGAAGCUGAGGAGGAUGCCGACGAGGACUCCACAGCGCAGGUAGACGACGAGUUGCGCGCGCUGCCUCGUGAACAGCUCGACGCGUUCUACCCCGCGGCGGUGCAGCUCGUGGCCCCAAGCGACGAUGAAGAAGAGGAGGCCAGUCGUCUUAAGGCCCGCGAAUGCAUCGCCGAGUUCACCGCGUUGCUGGUUGAGAUGAAGGGCGUGUCCAUUGACAAGGAGGAGCUUUUCGCUGUAUGCCAAGAGCUCCACGACCAGCUACUGAGACUGAAAGGCGACACGGACCAAGUUCUGGCCACACAAGAAGCCAUUUCCCAGCUCUGCGAGGCAUGUUGGAAACACAACUUCUGUGGCCGCGCUCAUUCGUUAGUUACCCAGCUACUGCCAUACUUGAUUGUACGCAGUUACGAGUCCCCACCAACAGGCAGUUUCAACUCAAAGAAGCAUCCGAUUCGCAGGCUGUUUGCGAUCAAGGACGCACUGCCGCUACUGGACUUCGACGACGACAGCAGUGGCUUGUUAAGAGAUAUCUUGCUGCGCUGCUUUAUCCAGCCGACGUUCUUUAGAUCACCGGAUGCAGUACCGUUCUUGAGCUUCUUGUUCACUCUACACGUGCCGUUCGUGGAGGAUAUCAACGAAACAAUCAGAAAUCAGAUCCCGAACCAGCGAAACUCGAUCCUCGUCAAGUACGGCAAUAUCUACUUCAAGGCCUGGGUUGGCAGUAAGGGCGCGUUCCGAGAGAAAAUUGAGGAGGAAUGCAUCCAGCGAUACGUCCGUGACGCUGUCCAUGCAGGGAGCACGUCUCUCUUCAAUGCGGUUCGCUCCGUGCUUCAAAUUUUCUUUGAGAACAAACGACACCCGGGUGUGGAUGAGAUGCUGUACCGCAUCUGUAGUCCUAUCCUGUGGCGUGGUGUCAAGGCUCCCAACGACUCCGUCCGACGCCAAUCGACUAUUCUGCUGUUCGACAACUUCCCGCUCCGUGAUCCAGCAUUUAACAACGAGAUGAUGGACGUGACUCUCCAGAAGCAGUUCGACACGUUCGAGGAGCUCCUAAGUGACUCUCACCCUGCGCUGCGAGUCGCAGCAAUUGAAGGUGUGUCGAAGGUGCUGUCAGUCUACUGGGAGCUGCUUCCGGCGGAGACGAUCCGGUGCUUCAUUUCAAAGUUUGUGGUGGAUUUAGUGAACGACACGUCCUCCAGUAGCGUUCGUGCAGCGGUAUUUGAAGGCAUCCAAUUCAUCUUGGACAACCACAACUCGCACUCGAUUCUGAAGCCACUACUUCCUAUGCUCGCACCUCUGAUCAAUGAUCGGAACGAGAAAGUCCGUGCUGAGUUUGGCGCUCUAUUGGUCCGCAUCAAGAGCAUCCGGAACUUGCACUUUUACGAUGUUGUAUCAGUGAAUGACUUGCUUUGCCGCAUGGUCAUGGACCGUGACAGCCCUCUGGCCUGCAAGCAGCUCGUCUCGUUGUUUCUGAACUCGUAUUUUCCUCAGAGUGUCGGUGGGUCUUCGCAAGUUGCUCGUUGUCUCGCUCUGGUGAGGAAGAAUCCAGAGGCGGCAAUGGUGUUUUACGCAAACGUGAUUGAGCACGUUUCUGUGGGCUCUGUGUGCAAGUUAGCUGCUCUCUUGCUUCGAUGUUCUCUGAACUUUGUGUCACGGCGGUUGAAACAGCCUCAGGAAUCUGAGGAUGACGACGAGGAAGAUGAAGAGGAGGAAGAGGAGGAAGGCUUCAGUGUGGUCGGCCAAGUUGUUGUGCUCGAAGUUAUUGGUAACCUUCUCAAGAGCGUGCACGUUAAGGUGUUGAGUGAUGCUCGCUACUCUGAGUGCAAGAGCUUCCUGCGAGAGCAGCUGAAUGUCGAGUCACUUAAAGCGCUUCUUCUUGCUUACAGUGAAAACCGUCCGCAUGACCAAGAAGCUCUCAGUUCCAUCUGGAAAAUUAUAGGCUUCCUGGGAGAUCUAUCGGAGGGUGUCUUGCUGGAGCGUCUGGUGGAAAAUUUGAUGAAGAUGAACGAGAAUUCCAACAGGAAGCUAGUGGAGUCGAUGGUUGACUGCAUGGUGCAAUGGGACCAACUUCCGUUCUUGACUUCAAAGCUGGAAAAGUUCCUCGAUCUAUGGAGAAAGAACAAGUUCCGUUUUGAUAUUGCUGGCUCGAAGUCAAAGAAGAACAAAAAGGCGGAGCUGAACCCUGUCGUGGUACUUGGUACGAUCGAGUACAUCGCUCAGCUGCCGAAUGUCAAGAGUCUCAACACUUUGCUUCAACCUAUUGUGGAGAUGCUGCAUAGAUGCAUCGAGCCGAUCCUCGAGUUCGACGUCGACGAAGCUGAACAAGCGUACAAGACGAACUCGUUUGGGUUUAUUCGACUGAUAGAAGUGUACGCAAAAGUCGCGGUGAUGGCUGAAUGCGCACACGUGAACGAUGAAACAUCUCUGCUGGUAGAGAAGGCAGCUAAACGCUUGAAGAAGAAGGACGACCUGCGGGACUUGCAGCCAUCAGAAUUCUUCACUCCGCCCAAGUCGCUCUGCUCACUUUUCGCCUGGCUUGCUCGACUCAUGCUUGACUUACGUAAGGAGGUGGAGGGUACAGAGCAAACAACGCACGGGAAGAAGCGUCGUCGAGGCAAAAAAGCGGACGACGAGCAGCUUUCUCCUCAAAAGGAGCUGCUGAGUCGGUGGCGCAACCUGUUCUCUCUCGUUUCUCUUUUGUCAGCGGAGAGUGUUGCGUUUGCUCUGGAGCGUACACACUGGUUGCAGAAUGGUCCUGCCGCUGAUUUUAUCGACGCGUACGUGGACACUUUGUGCGGUACUUUGCGGGAUAUGGAGUUGUUCGAGCGAACGGUGCUUUACCAGACUGCUCAACUUGCAUAUUUGCUUGAGCGCGUUCGAGUCAAAGCUAUCAGAGCUACAAGAGCUCAGGCUGCAAACCUUGUGCCUUCUCUUGAGCACUGGAUAGACACACUACAACAAGCUUUGGAGAGCACACAUGAAAAGAAUAAGGACAAGUGUGACGAUCUGUGGCCAACAAUCAGCGCGUCAUUUCGAGAACAAUGUGCAGUGGAGACAUCUGCAGUUGACGAGACAGCAGCGUAA